GUAAUGUAUUCAUAAAAUGUAUUGUAUUCYAUUGUUUCUCGUUCUAUUGUAUUAUGUGUUUGUAUUAUAUCUUUAUGAAUAUAUUACAUCAACUGAGUGCUACGUAGGAUCUCCCUAUCGUCUCCAGUCUUCGACUUCAGAAGGAUCUGGUUGCGCGCAUCCUUCCGGUUAAGUAGAGUCAUUCAGUCAAACUUUUGUCAUUAUAAYGUAGUCAUACCAUAAAAGGUUUCGUAUAGAAGGUCAUUGAAUAAUCUAAGCUGAAAGAGAGAUGACUGUUGGUAAUAUUGCAAUAGCUUUUGUUAUCAGCACAGUCUUGUCAAGCUCAAAUUGUGAUGCUUGUCCAGAUAAUAUACCAGUAAACAUAACAGCAUCAUUAACACCGGGCUGGAAACACACCAUUACGUCACCUGGUUUCCCUGACAACUAUCCCAUAAAUGUCACGUGUUUGUGGAGAAUCUCRGGACCUCGUGGUUAUAGUUUAGCUUUGAUAUUGGAACACUUUGAGAUCGAACCGUCUCAGGACUGCGGUAGUGAUUACUUGCUUACUGCAAGUUCCGAGUGGGCAGCUCGAUGGAGGAAUUCUGGCAAGUGUUCCGUCUUGUCUGAUAAUUAUAUUAAAUCGCUAUCCCUGGUGGAACUCCUUGGUAACAAGAAGCUGAGGUACUAUGGGUAUGACGUCAUGUGGGUCAAGUUUAGGUCUGAUGGAACAUCAACGUUUAAAGGUUUCAAAGGAGAAAUUAGACUAGUGGCACCAACRGCUAACAGUAACUGUGACAACCAUCUUAAUGGAUCUAGUGGYAGUUUUACGAGYCCUAAGUACCCUUCCAAAUACCCACCGACCCAAUUAUGUACCUGGCACAUUACUGUGCCCGAGGGACUAAAAGCAAAGYUGACAUUCACUGAUUUUAGUCUUGAGAAUWCUAAAACAAGCCAAGGUGACUGCAGUAAUGAUUUUGUGGAGGUACGAGAAGGGGCAUGGGGACGAUAUGGGAAAAUACUCGGGAGAUUCUGUGGCGAYGCCAUACCCUCUACAGUGACUUCAUCCACCAAUCAAAURUGGGUUCGUUUUACCAGUGAUGGCAAUUCAACGACAGUAUAUAAAGGAUUUAAAGCACAGUUCAGURGUGGAAGCCUAAUGAUGUUGUACCAUUCUUUUGUUGUAUGGCUGGCUCUUUUAACUUCACUAGCAACUUAUUAUUGAUUAUGAASAUUUUUACUUUUAAAUCGAAUUUUUGAAUAAAAAAAUACAAUUUAUUAAACUUG